UUCUCUGGUUCUGAUCAAUGAAGAGAGCAUGAGAGAGAGAGAGAGAGAGAGAGAGAGCGUGUCACAGUGUUUUCGUUCAGUACACGUUACCUCACACGCACUCUGAAGUCACAGCAGCGAGAAAGGGCACCCGUAUCUAUCCGUUGCAUUACUAGCUGUUUUCUUUCCGAGAGAGCUCUGCAGGCGUGAAAAUACCGCGAUUCCUGCCGAAGUGGAACGCUCGCCAGUUAUCUUUCCUGGAUUCCCGACAACCUUCUCGCCGCAUUUCUCCAUCCUAGGUUUUCUGGAAUGAGCUGUUUUUCUGCUUGCGUCGUUUCCAUGUCAGCAUGGGAACUGCGGUGUCCAAAAGGAAGAAUAUAAGAAACGAUGCGACAUCUUCCGUGGCAGCAAAAGUUAGAGCAGCGCGAGCGUUUGGAGAGUACCUGUCCCACACACACCCCGAGAACCGAAACGGAUCAGCCCAUCUCCUGUCUGACACGUUUGUGGGCCCAGACUCUGUCUCCCCUGGCGGUGUCCGUCACCACAACAACAACCAUCCAUACCCCCACAGGGGCUCUCCGGCCUCCCCUGAGUCCAGCCUGGUAAAGUAUCCGCUGGACCACCUCCAGCCCCCGCCCGCCUCCAUCACCACCACCAAGACCCGCCUGUCUCUGGAGCGCAGCUUCUCGGCCGAGGAGGACCAGCAGAAGUGUGUGGAGUGUGCCCUGCAGCCCGCCCGCGUCUACACCAUCACUGGAGAGUACGGCAUGCUGGGUAGCAACCGGGGCAGCAAGGAGAGCCUGGAGCUGGAGCUGCUGAAGGGGGCGUCGCCCCUGGUCCAGCCCUCCACCUCCCCCUCCUCCACCUCCUCCUCCUCACCCACCCAGCACCACCUCCGUCACGGUCACCGCAGCAACACUCACCGCGAUGACGGGAGCCAUCGUCACGGCAACCCCGUGGCCGGCGGCAGUGGCAGCAACCAUCACACUCUGACUGUUACCGGUGGGGGAGCCUCCCACCACGGUCACCAUGGCAGCCACCACCACCUAUCCCAGCAGCCUCUGUCGAGCUCGGUCAGCGCGCAAAACAUCCGCAGCUGGGGCGAGGGGGGAAAGGGGGACUCACGGGAGGACUGCAGCCUCAAUGUGGUCUUGGACUCUAGUGGGGCCCCGUCCCGUAGCCAGGGCUCCCUGGAUCUAGAGAGCUCCCGCGAGGCAGGCAAGGAACACAGGCGCCUAGAGAGGAUGUGCAGUGAGGACCGGAUGACUGGGCUGGAGAGAGAGGACAACAACUGGUACCCAAAAGACAGUAUGUUUAGCUUUCAGACUGCUUCUACCACCAUGCAGGCGAUAUCGGCUUUCCGGGGAUUUGUGCAGAGAAAGAGGGGAGAGAGGGAGCUGGAUUCGGCUGAAGUCAUCCAGAGGAACUUCCGGAAGCAUCUCAGAAUGGUGGGCAGCAGGAGGAUGAAGGCACAGACAUUUGCCGAGCGUAGAGCGAUGAGUUUCAACCGCUCCUGGAGUGACCCCACCCCUGUCAAGAAUGACUCUCCACAUGACCCCAGAGACAGUGGGGACCUGCCUGCCUCGUGUGGGACCCUGGAUGAGGGGGAGCGUGAGGAGCUAGACUGGGAGGAGGAGAGGGAGAUGGAGAGACUUGCCUGUGAGGGAGAUGACUUCAUCCCACCCAAAAUCAUGCUGAUCUCCUCCAAAGUCCCCAAGGCGGAGUACGUUCCCACCAUCAUCCGCAGGGAUGACCCCUCAAUCAUCCCUAUCCUCUAUGACCAUGAACAUGCUACGUUUGAUGAUAUCCUCGAGGAGAUUGAGAAGAAGCUAACAGCCUACAGGAGAGGCAGCAGAAUCUGGAGGAUGCUCAUCUUCUGCCAGGGAGGUCCAGGGCAUCUGUACCUGUUGAAGAAUAAAGUGGCCACAUUCGCCAAGGUGGAGAAAGAAGAGGACAUGAGCCAGUUCUGGAGGAGGCUGAGUCGGUUUAUGAGCAAAGUGAACCCUGAACCCAACCUCAUCCAUAUUAUGGGCUGCUACGUCCUGGGCAACCCCAAUGGAGAGAAGCUGUUCCAGAAGUUGAAGAACCUGAUGAGGCCUUACUCCAUCGAAUUUGAGUCGCCACUGGAGCUGUCUGCGCAGGGAAAAGAGAUGAUUGAGAUGUACUUUGACUUCCGUCUCUUCCGUCUGUGGAAAACUCGCCAGCACUCCAAACUCCUGGACUACGAGGAUCUUUUGUGACGGGGCUCCAAGUCAAGUCAGUCCUGUAGCAUAUAUACCGUCUAUACUGGGGCAGGAGGACCUACUGAACACCACUGCUCAACUCAACCCUACUGCUCAACCCCACUGUAACAUCCAUCAUACCUGCUUUCAUCCAGGAAAGGACCGAGAGAGGGGGGUGAUGAAGAGGAGGAAGAAGAGUAGAGGGACAGGAGGGAUAGAGAGGUAGAGGAGGAGGUGAGGGGGGGGUGACAUAGCAGCUGUCAUGGUGCUGUGUGUGUCACCCAUUCUUUAUUUCAACCCUCCUCUUCACCGCCUACGCAACCACAAAGGUCGAGGGUCAAAAAGAGAGACACCAAGCAGAAGGGAUGCUAGAAGGACAGAAAAAGACCCAAAGACGGAGAGGACGAGUGAAAGAGUAGAGCGGGAGAGAGAUCUUCUGUGCCCUUGCUCUCUCCCUUGUGACACGAGGAACAAAAACAUGUAUUAUCAUGUUUGAGGUGCUCAUAGCACUUUAAAGGGCAGUUGUUUGGUCCGGUUCUGGUUGGACCUCUCAGAGAAUCCGGAUUGGAAAAGCACCAUUCAAUCCAUCUGUAGGUGUGUAUGUAUACAUCACAUGAAUAUAGUCUAGCUCUAGUCAUGCAACUUCUCACUCUGUAAGAACAUGAUACAGCGUUAUUGUUUGCUGUUUCUUCUGAACUCUCUUCAAUAACUCAGGUUUUAGCCAUGAAAUCAUCUCUGUUUGUUUGAUCCCCUAAUGCACCAGAUAUUGUAAUCCUCAUUGUCAUUGCCUGGGAUGAAUGUGUAUAUCAUUUCUCUUCUGUCUAUUUCAACUGAUUCAGCUCCAGAGCCAAAAGUGUAGGGGCGACGUCACAAAUACAUAUGUGUGUGUGCAUGUGCGUUCAUAGGUCCGUGUGCGUGCGUGCGUUCGUGUGUGUGUGCCUGCGUGCGUGUGCGUUUUCCCUCUCUGAUAUAGCCAUGCUGAACCGUUCCAUUUCUCACCACAGAGUGAAGUCACUGACACACACUUCCAGCAGAUGAGUUGUGAUGUCAGGUCUGGUAGCAUGGCCAAUAGCUCAGUGUUACCCGGUGGAUCCUUUUCUGCUGUCUCCAUCGGGGUGAUGCCAUUUAAAUGGCCCAGGUCAAUGCCUUCCGUCAGUAGCUGUACUCCAUCUAGCCUCAAGCCUGUUGGUUGCUCUCACCACCAGCUAGACAGUCCUGGCUCCCCCUCAGGACCUCUUCCUCCACUGGGCCUUAGUCCAGUCAGAAAAUAGGCACUUAAUGAAUUGGUCUGAUCUUCAUCAUUCCAAGCCAUUAAGGAGCCAUCUGGGGCUCAGCAGAGUUAUGUGCUGUAAUGUAAUGCACCGAGGGGAGAGAGAGAGUAGUGUGUGUGUGUGUGUGUGUGUGUGUGUGUGUGUGUGUGUGUGUGUGUGUGUGUGUGUGUGUGUGUGUGUGUGUGUGUGUGUGUGUGUGUGUGUGUGUGUGUGUGUGUGUGUGUGUGUGUGUGUGUGUGUGUGUGUGUGUGUGUGUGUGUGUGUGUGUGUGUGUGUGUGUGUGUGUGUGUGUGUGUGUGUGUGUGUGUGUGUAUAUGUCCAUCAGCAUCACACCAUAAAACUAGUGUAUCAAGAACACUGGGGGCAGGCAGUCAGAUUGCCAGAGGACGGCCAGUGGACAUCUAAAAGAGAGAACUCCACACUAGUCAAAGCCACCCUGCUCACACACACACAGCAUUAUUCCCUGCACAGCUAGUUCUUCUCUGUCGGCGCCAAGUCAACGCCACAUAACACGUUAGUCUUCUUUUGUGUGGCUGUUCUGUUGUCCUUUUUCACGUUCUUGAGUUGAGUGGUGGAUAUCGAUGUCAUCCCUCAGAUAGAGCAAAAGAUGCCAACGCAUUGUCUGCGCCGGAGAGCGCUCUCCCUGUUGGAGUCUGAGUCAUGUAGCCCCGACUCUGACUCAGCAGUCAGCAGACGUUCUAUAGGUAGUCUUCUGUUCUCUGUAGUUCAUAUAAGCCUUCAUUGCUGCAACUAAUUAAAGAUGCAAACAGCCAUACUGUCUCUCACUCCACCCGUAUCUUCUCCUUCAUGUGACAUCAAUUUCUAUGACUGUACUGUUACCUUUUCAAUAUAAAGUGUGAGGGAAAUAUAAAGUGUUAGGGAAAUAUAAAGUCUUAGGGAAAACAUAAGAACGGAUUAAAAAGAAAUAUAUGAAAAAAAGAAAAAAAAAGACUAUUUGUUUUAGCUAAUCAUUGAAGCUGUUUGCUUCUUGCCUCUAUCAAUGUUACUGUAUGUGGCAUGGUAUAGAGCGCAGAGUUAUAAUCCACAUACAUGUAUUUCUCCUCCAUUUGUGUUUUGUAGCAGCAACGUGGAAGAGAUGGGGGGGUGAGAAUGUUGAGAAUGCCCUAAAAUGAUUGAUGUCUCACUCUUUUUGAAACUCUCUUGCUAACAACAUGGCUUCAUGUGCAGCGACUCACUGUACUGUACGCUUCAGAGUUCUGGGCACUGAGGGAAAACAAAACAAAAAUGCUUGUUUUCUUUCAUGUCUCAUAGGAACUCAGACAGAGAAGGAUGCUAUUUCUCAUGCCUGCCUUGUAGACAUGGGCUUUGGUCAAAAGUAGUGCACUAUAACGGAAAGAGUGUGACAUUUGGGACGAAGCUCAGUAGGUGUGCUCUUCAGCCACGUCUUCCCUCCUCCCUCCACUGCCCACUCAGAGGUGGCCGGUGGCUGGCUCAGCUGGAAGAUGAUUGGCUUAGUUAGAGGAUCGCUUGAUGACACACUGACGAUGUAUACAGCACGCCCUCCUGGUGGAUUAUGGCCGCGUUACUGGCUGACUACAUUGCAGACACACCCAUGUCAGAUCUCACAACACCUGGAUAGGUGUUUAACACAUCAGCAAACAACAUCAUAUGAUACAGCAGCAAUCUGAUGCCCGACUGUACAGUCGAUGGCCUGGCACACAACCAUUGGUUGUUGCAACGCAAUGUCUGCAAUGUAGUCGGCCUGGAACGCGACCAUUCUGUUUUGGGGAGGGUAAGGAAAGCCCCAUGAUUGAUAUUUAGUUCCAUUAAGAAAUCCACAGCCUUUUGUACGUCUGUUUUAUUAUAUAGCAAGUAGUCUAAACUGAAUUAUAAUCUACAAGUCAUUUAAGAUAAUGUGAUAAUUUGUUUAUUUUGGAGCACUCUGACUCUCAAUGCAUUUUAUGAUCAAUGUAGAUAUCAACAAUAAAAUACACAGUGUAUAUCUCUACUGGUGAUAAGAAUCAUUUCAAAUGACCAACAUCGAAAGCAAAUAUCUGUAGUGAGCCUUUCAUUGUACUUUACCCUCAUGGUAUUGGGAGGGAGAAAAUGCCUUUUUGACUAAAGUUGGCUAUUAAGUUUACUGAGAGAAACGAUGUACACAACUGACAUUGCCUUGUACAUAAUGGGUUAAAGCAUAUUUUCCAGUAAAGUGUUCUGUUGAAAUUAA